AUGGAUUCUGGGAAGGUGGCAGCAGUUCGGGAGUGGUCGGCACCUCGGAACCGCAAGGACUUACAGCGAUUCCUGGGGUUCGCCAACUAUUACCGGACCUUCAUUGCAGAUUAUGCUCAUCGUACCACCCCGUUGACCCGGCUACUGCGCCCCAAGACGCCAUUUUCCUAG